AUGAGGCACAGCUUCCCGUGCAAACUGCUCUUCGCCUGCUUCUCCUGCCUCUUCCUGCUGGUUAUCAUCGGCCACCAGGACGACCCCAGAACCCCGCAGUGGAGGCUCUUGUAUGGACCCCGGGGUGAGCCUGUCUCUGCGGAGCAGCUCCACAGCAGCCCCAUCUUCCAGUGGCAAGGCACCGAGGACGAGAGAGCUGGGGACUCCAUGCCUGUGCCCGUGCCCAGCCGCCCGCCAGUGUCCACCAGGCACCCGCUGCAGGUCGUCUACCCCUACAGCUACCGCUUCCUUCUGAAUGAGCUGGAUAAGUGCCAGGAGCGGGCGCCUUUCCUGGUGCUGCUGGUGGUGACGGAGCCCAAGGACAUCAUGGUGAGGAACGUCAUCCGCCAGACCUGGGGCAACGAGAGCACCGUGCCCGGGGUCUCCAUGGUGCGGCUCUUCCUGACUGGGGUCCACCCGCUCUUCGGCUCCCCGCUGCAGCGGCUGCUGGAGGAAGAGAGCGCCCUGCACCGUGACAUCAUCCAGCAGGACUUCCUGGACACCUACAACAACCUGACCCUGAAGACGCUGAUGGGCAUGGAGUGGGUGAGCAGGCACUGCCCCAAUGCCAGCUACGUGAUGAAGGCCGACAGCGACAUCUUCCUCAACGUGGGCUUCCUCGCCCGGGAGCUGCUGCAGCCCCAGCUGCCGCCCAAGAAGGACUUCAUGACGGGGUACAUCUACAGGAACACGGGGCCGCUGCGGAGCAAGGCGUACAAGUGGUACGUGCCCCGGGAGGUGUACCCCAACAACACCUACCCCCCAUACUGCGGCGGCCCCGGCUACGUGCUUUCUGGAGACCUUGCCAAGAAGGUGUAUGGGGCGGCCCAGACCCUCCGGGUCAUCAACAUGGAGGACGUGUUCAUGGGGCUCUGUUUGCACAAGCUGGGCGUCAGCGUGACCAACAGCCCCUGGGGCCUCUUCAACAUCGGCAGGCUGGAGUACGAGAAGUGCCAGUUCUCCCAGCUCGUGCUGGUGCAUCACUUCGGGCCCAGGGACCUGCUGAGGGUCUGGCCAGACUUCCAGGGCGGGAACAAGACCUGCCCCAGCUAG